UGGACGAAAACCCGGAAGCGCACGAGAAUAACUUGACCCAAACAAAAGUCCGCGGAAGUAUUCUAUGUGUUUUUUCUUUGGAAAAGAGAAACUAAAGACCAACUUACCGAACAAAACAAAGUGGAAACUGACUACCGAUUGCGCCAACACGCACACUUUUUAAGAUUUAAUAUUUGACGAAUCCAUUCUUUGUUUCGGUCGUUUGUUUUGUAAAUCAACGGCGUAAUUUGAUCUGAGAAUAAACGGUUUAAAUGAUCUCCAGUUUGGUCAUUAUGAAGUUUGUUUGCCUAUUCAGUUAUUAAUAUUGUUUGUGUUGCCUUAAGUCUCCGUAUCAUAGCCCGUGCUGUCGCUUAUAAAGAAAGUUGCAUAUCCAGAAUGACUGUGGCAGUGUUUUUCGGGUGUGCUUUCAUUGCGUUUGGUCCAGCAUUCGCCCUGUUUGUCUUUACGAUCGCCAAAGAUCCGCUGAGAGUCCUCAUUCUGAUCACAGGGGCGUUCUUCUGGCUCCUGUCUCUGUUAUUGUCAUCUCUGGUGUGGUUCAUCGCUGUGAAGGCCAGUAACGCAGAUGACGCGACGCUCAGGAGAUCUCUUCUCAUUUUUGGAGUCUUCUUUUCAGUUUUACUCCAGGAGCUGUUUCGCUUUGGUUACUACAGACUGCUCAGAAAAGCCAAUGAGGGUCUGGCAGCCAUUAGUGAAGAUGAGAGUUCAGCUAUUUCAGUGCGACAGAUGGCUUACGUGGCAGGACUGGGCUUCGGCAUCAUGAGCGGCGCGUUCUCAAUGAUCAACAUUUUGUCGGAUUCUCUGGGUCCUGGGACAGUUGGCAUCUUUGGAGAUUCACAGUAUUACUUCAUAACAUCAGCUCUGAUGACUCUGGCUUUGACUCUUCUGCACACGUUCUGGGGUGUGGUGUUCUUCGACGGCUGUGAGAAGAGCAGAUGGUGGGUCAUUUCUCUGGUUGUGUGUCUUCACCUGCUGGUCGCCGGUCUGUCUCUGUUGAAUCCAUUUUACGAGGGCAGUCUGCCUCCUGUAUAUAUUAUCACGCUGAUGAUGGGCAUCUGGGCGUUCUUCUCAUCUGGAGGAUCACUUCACAACCUCACUGCGCUCUGCACACGCAGAAACGCAGAAAUAGAAACUUCACCUGUUCAACCCCGAAGCGAUUAGACACGUCCCAUCCAACACCAAUGAUUUUAUCAGAGGCGAACGUGCCACCGGACUUUCACAGAAACACUGUAAAUAGCUUGAUUUGAAAUUCACAUGAACAAGAUGUUUUGAUAUUCAUAUGAUUUCUUUUUAAAACGAGUAUUCUCUGGGCCCAAGUUUCAUGAUUUUGAAGUUUUUUGUAAACCAUUUCAUUUAAAUUCUGAAUGAAGCCUUGCCAGUAAUAAGUAAUAAGUGACAUGUAUGUAUUGAAAUCUUGUAAGAUUUUGAAAACAUUUCCGUAAAUUUGUCAAAUGUAUGAAUGCACGAUGAGAACAUUCACAUAUCAACUGUCCUCAGAUCCAGUGGAACAAAUGUCUUCAGCAUCUCAUGUGCAGUUAUGCAGUAUUAUUCUCUUAGGAUUUCAUUGUUUAAAUGUGAUUUAAUCUUUAUGCGGUCAGUAGAAACCCAUAUAGCAUCAGCUAAAACAUACUGGAAACAACGUCCUUUAAACUCAACCAAACCAAACUGUUGAUGGCUCCAUCUUUAGUAUCGUUUGAACGGUAACAUGCAACUUUUACAGUUAUGCUAACCCUGGGUAUUCCAGAGGGAUCCUUCAGUGAAACCAUUUUUAAAAUGGUGCUGGCCCUGUGCUCCUAUCAGGAUGUAUUUAUAUUCUCAAUAAUCUGUGUUAAACUAACAGCUUUAAUUCCUGAACCAGCACACUAACAUCAGUUUGCCUUAGUAAGGAAACAUUCAGCAGUGGGAUGCUCCUGUGGGCCUGUAUUGAUGCAGAUUUUUUGUAGCUGGACCACAUUCAAUUUGGUGCUCUUAAAUGUGUUUUGAUCUCCCUUUAAUUCUUCUGUACAUUUCUGGUCCAUAUUUCAGUAUACAUCAAUGAAGUGACAUGAACUGUGUUUGCAGACGAUUUUGUAUUACGAGUUAUUACAUUGUACACAAUAAUGAUGCUUUUCGAAAUUUCAAUUGCAAAAUUAUUUCUUUUAUGUAUGUGAUACUUUAAUGCUGCUUUAUAAACAUUCUUAAACUAA